ACUUGUCGCCGUGUUGGUUUUCUAUUGUAUGAUCUGGUUACCGGUCUUUGUUGGGUAUAGAUUAUCCUCAUCAGUUUGAUACAUACAGUACAGUACAGUCGAAUUUGAUUUUGCACCUCUUUAUGACAGACGGCAGGUGCAAGUGGAGAGACGGCUACUGACGUCCAGGGGUAAAAAGUGCGAUGGAAUAUUACCAGCAGAUUCAAUACAUUGAGGACAAUGCCCGGUUUGGUGAUUUGAUUGAGUUCUCUUAUCCUGUUGGAUUUUCACACUGGGGUGUUUAUGAUGGAGAAGGCUAUGUCGUCCAUUUUGCCGUUGCAGAUGAAGGAAAGUUGACGAAAAAGUUCCGUGACGUCCUGCAAAAACUGGUCCCUCUGAGUGGAGACAUACUGCUGGGGGAAACAAAAAUACGCCGGCAGCACAUAGCUGACAUCAAUGUACCGAGAGGAGCCCGUGUCACCAUCAGCAACAAUCUCCAUGCCCGCAGACCAUCCCCCGAAUGUGACAUCCGACAACGCCGAACCGCUCUACUGGGCCAUGACCUGCACUACAAACUGUUCUCCGUGAACUGUGAACACUUUGCCACAUUUGUACGAUAUGGAGUCGGUAUUUGUAACCAGAUCCCUGGGAGAACCAAGAAUAAGGAAUGUGAAGAGGCAACAAAAAUCUUCCAGAGGCUAAUGUCAUGACAGUUGCUGUCAUGUCAGAUCAAACAAGAUGUAAUUAUGCUUUAUGUACUGUAUACUGUAUGUUUUGGAAUAUACACUAUAUUGGCAAAAGUUUUGGGUCACCUGCCUUGACUCCCAUAUGAACUUAAGUGAUCCUAUUCUUAAUCCAUGGGGUUUAAUAUGACAUCGUUCCACCCCUGUAGCUAUAACAGGUUCAACUAGUCUGGGAAGGCUUUCCACAAGGCUUUCCGCAAGGCUUAGGAGUGUGUUUAUGGGAAUUUUCGACCAUUCUUCCAGAGGCGCAUUUGUGAGGUCACACACUGAUGGUCAAUGAUGGAGGGGACUGGCUCUCAGGAUGAGGGGCCUGGCUCUCAGUCUGUGCUCUAAUUCAUCCCAAAGGUGUUCUAUCGGGUUGAGGACAGGUCAGGACUCUGUGAAGGCCAGUGAAGUUCAUCCACACCAAACUCUGUCCUCCAUGUCUUUAUGGACCUUGCUUUGUGCGCUGGUGCAGAGUCAUGUUGGAACAGGAAGGGGCCAUCCCUAAGCUGAGCUUGGCCCCUUAGUUCCAGUGAAAGGAACACUGAAUGCUUCAGCAUUAACCAAGAGAUUCUGGACAAUUCAUGGUACCAACUUUGUGGGAACAGUUUGGAGAUGGCUUCCCAUAAACACACUCCUAAACCUUGUAGAGAGCCUUCCCAGAAGAGUCGAAGUUGUUAUAGCUGCAAAGGGUUGUCAUAUUAAAACCUAAGGGAUGUCACUUAAGUUCAUAUGCGAUUCUUGAAUUUCCCCUUGGGGAUCAAUAAAGUAUCUAUCUAUCUAUCUAUCUAUUCAAGGCAGUUGACCCAAUACUUUUGGCAAUAUAGUGUGUACAGUACACAUUUUUCCACAUCAACCUAUUUAUUCCUCUGUAAAUCCUCUAAAAACGUUUAAAGGAAAAAUAACAGAUACAACAGUUAUGGGUAACAGUGAACUCUAGUGGAUGUGAUCCAAAUUACCAGCACAUUUAUAGAUUUCAAAAAAAAGGGAAAAAAAAAAAUCAAGAAGAAUAAUCACGAUUCUAUCAUUUCAUGUUUUGUAAGUUGCUUUGGACAAACCUGACGGCUAAAUUGAUUAACUAUAACAUGUUCAGCUCAACACACACCAAUACACCUCACAUAAAGACACACAAGAUCAGUUCUCAUGGGAGACAAGAGUAGUGUAUUUUCCUAUGUAUUACCUGUUUCCCAGCUGGUCCAUGAUUUAUUAUUUAUUAUAAUUUCUGGUACUACUCUUUUAAGAUUUUACAAUUUGCUUGUUUGUGAUGUUGGCAGUGAAAACUAUGUUGGGGACAAAUACAAAUAUAUAUGGCAUACUUCAAUAAAGUUGAAUUGAACUUAAUCUAA